CAUAUUUUUAAUAUCAGCGAGCAGCGAGGACUUCUGCAUCAAGUGUCAGUGUGUGAUUGUGGAUAAUGUAACGGCCUUUGUGUGCCAUCACUCUAAAUGUCGAAUAUGUCAGGGAAAGGAAAGGGCUUUGGUAACAGUGCCAGGUACCAGUCGACUGGCUCACGGGACCCAAUUUGGACUCGAGUGUCAGGCGAUCCAGGAAACCAAGGCUUAGGAGACAGCUCACGGACCUCUGCUUCAGCCGAGAAGAUCCAGUUACAAUGCAGUACAGCAAGUCAUGGAAAAGGGCUGAAUGUCACAUCGGCUGCGGUCUUCAUUGCUGGGGAAAUGGCUGGCAGUGGGGUGCUGGCUCUCCCUCGAGCAGUGGUUGAAGCUGGCUGGAUUGGUCUUGUGCUCUUGAUUGUGUUCUGUCUCAAUGCUGCAUAUGGCGGAUCUCGUCUGGGGGCCUGUUGGGCAAUUAUUGAGGAGAGAUACCCAGAAUAUAGAGACCGUGUGAGAAAUCCUUAUGCUACAAUAGGUUAUCGUGCUGUCGGGAGGUGGGGAAGUAUUUUGGUCUCGGCAUGCAUCCAGUUUACGUUGUUUGGAGCUGGAACAGUGUACCUUCAACUGUCAUCAACCAUUUUUCAAGACCUCAUGAAUGAUGUUUUACCACAAGUUGGAAUCUGUGUUUGGUUUAUUUUUAUUGCUCUUCUUUUGGUUGUACCUAUGUGGCUAGGAUCCCCUAAAGAUUUUUGGGUCGUUGGAAUUGGAGCUCUCCUUACUACUGCUUUUGCCUGUGUGUUUAUAUUUUCACAAAUGGUUAUUGAUGGCUUACACAACACAGAGCCUGUUCCAGUUAAGAACCAUGGCUUCGGCAGCUUUUUCCUCUCCUUUGGAACUAUUCUGUUUGCUUUUGGUGGCGCCUCCACCUUCCCAACAAUUCAAAAUGACAUGGCUGAAAAACAACAUUUUUCUAAAAGUAUUCUUAUAGGAUUUGCCACAAUUAUGGCACUUUACUUACCAGUUGCUGCUGGAGGUUACUUUAUCUACGGUGAGGCUGUUGAUCCAAAUGUUAUUCUGUCUCUUGGUCAUAGUAGCCUCGUGAGCAUGGCAAAUGUUCUUAUGGCCAUUCAUCUGAUUUUGGCAUUUUUGAUUGUCAUCAACCCUGUCUGUCAAGAACUCGAGGAGAUUUUUCAAGUGCCUCAUGAGUUUUGCCUUAAACGGUGUAUUCUGCGAACCAUCAUGAUGUGCAUCAUGGUCUUUGUUGGUGAAACUAUUCCAAAGUUUGGCAAAAUUUUGUCACUUGUUGGAGGGUCAACCAUAACGCUGCUCACCUUUGUAUUUCCCUCAUUGUUUUACAUGAUUUUAUGUGAUCAGAAGGGAGAGGAAUGGCCUCAAAGGCACAUUCCUCUUUACAAACGAGUCUACAUGUGGGAACUAAUUAUUAUUGGCCUUGUUGGUGGCUCAGCUUCUACUUACAAUGCAAUUUUGGACAUUUUCUCUGCUGAAUCCAUGGCAAAACCCUGUUAUUGGCCUCUUUAAGGGUGAAAACAAACCCUUUUUAUAGGAUGCAGAAUUUAGGUCAGACAUGUUGAAUUUUUUCUUCCUUUGUUUAACAUGAUUGUACAGUAGUUACCAGUCCAAUGGUUAGUUCCCUCCAUCCCUGUAAUUUGGAACAUGGCUUAGUGGUGUAUAAGUGCUCUUGUUAUAUAUUUUUCUGUUUAAACAAACCUAUUUUUUACAAAUUUAUUGAAAAGCAAAUUGCAUGCAGGAUCAAGUGUAAUGUUAAGCUGUUAUUUUAAGUGUGUGAUUUGAAUUGGUGGGACGUCCUUUGUAUUUAGGGUAUGGUUUGGCUCUCUAUUAAAACAGAGAAGCUUUUAUUCAAGUCCCCAAAUGCUGAAGUUGAUAUGUGACUUUGCAAAUUGGAGACGUUUUUCAGUGGCUGAAACUUUUUAGAUUUGUACUUUACAUUACUUUUCUAAUGCAAAUGAGCCACAUAGAAACAACACCUUGUAUUUUGGAACAAAAGACAUAUUUGGGGUUUUCCCCCUCCAUUCCAUUCAUUUAUUAUGGGAACCAAUCAAGAUAGUGUAGUUGUGGGAAGGGAAUGCGCACUGAGAGCUACUUUCCUUUUGUGCGGAACUGUAUUUCCCUACCACAUUUUUAAGGAAUCAAUUUGAAAGCAUUUAUCUAAUCUAUUAUGAUUAAUAUAUACUCUCUAUACUUUUUUGUGUGUGCCAUUUUUGCAACAGGCCUGUGAUUGUCUUGUAGAUGUGUGAGGCAUUUCCCUGGGACCACUAGUUAGCUCAAUUUAUUGUGUAGUUUAUUUGUGUAUGACACUAUUGCUCAGACUGAACAUUUGCAUCUUUGUACUCUUCCCUUAUUUCUUAAUUUGUAGAUUGAAAUCAGAGAGCAUUUGUGGUAUAUGUCUGGUGACUUAUCUGUGAUAAUUUGCCCCUGCCAUCAAAGUGCAGCUUACUGUUGAACCCAUUGUAUAGUCUGGACUACAUCCAUAACUAUUGAGGAUGUUUUAUUUUUUAUUACUUUUUUUGUUGAGAAUUUUUUCUGGCAGGAAAUUUAAAAUUGUUUUAGUGAAUUCAAAAUUUAAUGUUAAAUGAAAUUUUGUACGUACAUAGUUUUAUUUUGAGGUUUUGUGUUUGAGUUUAUCGUAUGAUCUACUAAACACUGCGUAUUUGAUUUGCCAGAACCGGAAAAUUGGCUUAGUAACAGUUACUAUUCUGUUGAAUCCACAUAAUACCUUGUGUUUGACUUGUGAUGCUAGUUAUAUUUAUUCUGGAAACAAUAUUAACUGUGGUCAUUUUAAAUUUCUAUGUGAAUGUUUUAAAAACAAAAAAACAAAAGGUGUAGUUAAAGGAACAUUUAUUCCAAUUUAGAUUUUCUAUUUAUGUAUCACAUUUAUAUUUAUGAAGUUUUGAUUAAUUAUAACACUAUAACAAC